GUUCAUCUUUGGACAUGUCAGUCCCACCAAAUUUUUUUCUGCUCUUCCUCAUUUCUUUAAGCUUACAAGCAUAAUACAAUGUCUCGUAUUGAGCUACUUACUCCUGAAGGCUUGCGUAUUGAUGGUCGGCGUGCUAAUGAAUUAAGAAAGAUCACAGCAAAAACUUCUGUCUUUAGUCAAGCUGAUGGUUCUGCUUAUAUUGAGCAAGGAAACACAAAGUGUCUUGCUGCUGUGUAUGGCCCCAGAGAGCUCCGUUUCCGUCAACAAGGUUUGGCUGAUCGUGCUUUGAUCAAUGUUGAAUUCAAUGUUGCUCCUUUCAGUUCAAGUGAACGUAAAAAGAGAUCCAAAAACGACAAACGUUCACUUGAAAUUGCUGCUUUUAUACGUCAAACUUUUGAGCCUGUGAUCUUUACAACUCAAUUUCCCAAGACUCAGAUCAGCAUUUAUCUUCAAAUCUUCCAAAAUGAUGGAGGUUUAUUACAAACUUGUAUCAAUGCUGCUACUAUGGCCUUGAUCGAUGCUGGUAUUCCAAUGAUCGAUUACGUUUGUGCUUGUUCAGCUGGUUGCAUUGACAAAGAACCCAUAUUAGAUUUAAACAACCUGGAAGAAUCUGCAGAUACACCCGAAUUGACAGUUGCGAUAUUGCCUAGAUCAGGAAAAGUGAAUUUAGUGGAGAUGGAAUCUCGUCUUCAUGUGGAUAAACUCGCAAGUGUUACUGAUUUAGCAACAGAAGGUUGUAUGCAAAUUCAUACUAUUUUAAGCGGUGUUAUUAGACAAAACACUGAACUUUUAAUGUCAAAAUUAAAGGCUUAAAAUAUAUAUGUAUAUAUACAUUCUCGAAUACUCUCUGUUUCUUUUAUAUAAUUAAGAAUGGAACGAUUCAAAUAAAUGGUUCAUCUACUUCAAAGCAAAGAUGUAUUCAGAUUGCAGUGAC